CUGACUUUACUUGGUAUACUAUACUGUCUGUACUGCAUUAUUGCCAUUAUUGGCAUUAUUGCACUUCUGUCAUUUGAAAAUUCUGAAAAGAUUUAUUAAUUCAAAAUUGUUGAUUUGAAGAUCGCAAAUAAUUUUAAACAUUGAUUUAUUUUCAUAAUUUUUACUUCAAACAAUAUCGUUCUAUAGUCCUGAUUGUAUAAUUAUAAUGGAUGAUUUAUGCUUCAAAAUUGAUAUAGUCUUAAAUGAGUGUUCUAAAUAUUUAUGUAUUACGGAGAAAAAAGAAUUUGAUGAAUCAUUUUAUAAAAUAAUAUUCAAAGAUUUAAUAAAUGGAUCACUCCAUCAAUUUGUAAAAUCUAUACAAGUUUUUUUUAAAACAUUCCAAAAUAAAAAUGUUUACAUGCUUUGUGUAUGUUUAAGUCAAAUUCGAAAAUGUCUCCUCCUGUACGAAACAACAAUUUCAGAACAAAAUUCUGUUCUAAACUUUGUAAAGGUUUUAAGCAAUUACAUAAUUAAGCGGAUCCAAAAAUGUUUUUAUAAGUUGGAAGAUUGUUUGGAAAUGAUAAAUUUAACUGACAUAGAUGAGCAUCCAGGAAAAUUCAUUGAUCAAAUGAAUAUUGUUUUAAAUGCGUUAAACAAUAGGGAUAAUUUUGAACUUAUAAAGCCAAAUAUUGAUAAAAUCUUAUUUCAAGCUAUAACUAUUGCUAAGGUUGCCGAUACAGUAGACAACUUAGAAAUCACAUCUUCAUCUAAACAUGUUUUAAAAGCGAUUCAACAAUUUGAAAAUAUACAUAUCAAUGAAUCUGAUAAUUUUUUUCGAUUUGAUUAUUUAUCUUCUUCAUUAUCUAUUCUAGAAAGAAGAAUCAAUACAUCAGUAUUGCAUCUUAUUUUUAAGAUUUUUAAUGAUCCGUUUUUUACCAUUAAAAAACUGAUUAAAAAAUGCAGAGAUUCUGUUGACAUUCAAUUAAGAAAUUCAUCAGAUUUAUCUGAUAUGAUUUGUGAUUUGGAUAAAUAUACUGAUGCAUUAAUUCAAGUUGGAUUAUUUUCUGUGGCCUGUUGUAAAAAUGAUGAAUAUGUUAUUCCAUUAAAAUCAUGUAUAUCAAGCUUGGAAUUAUUGGACAGUGAUAUGGUACCAGCUAUUAUUGAGUUUUAUUUAGAUCCAACUUCAUUAGUAAAAAAAUCAUUUUUAAAACUGCUUAUAAACCAUUGGGUUUGCGAAAUUUGUGAAAUACAAAAUAUUCUAGACAAAAUUGUCGAUCCAUUUGCAUUCAUUCAAACAACAAUAGAAACUUCUAUGAAUUUUAUUGACACUAUCCAUAACAGUGAUCCAAAUACCAACAGGGAUUUGUAUGUAUAUUUUUUAAAUGGAAUGAUUAAUUUUUCAAAGUUUAUUGAAAAAAUAUUUGCUACUGCUCUUUUUGAAAAUAAAGAACUUUCAACAACUUAUGAACAGUUUAAAAAUGCUCUGAGAGAGUAUAAUGCAUGUUUAAUCUAUAAUCAAAAAACAAAUCAUAGUUUUAAUGAUUCAACUAAAAAUAAAUUGCUUAAAAGAUGUGCAAUUGUUAUCAAAUAUUUGAAGAAUAUCCAAACUAUAGCUUCUGAUAUAUUGUUUGAUAAAAGUUUGUCUGAAUUAGAAAACACUCACUAUAUUUUAUCUAAAACAAAACAAUCCUCACUGAAUUUGUUACAAAACGAUAACCUAGAUAAUAAUGAUGAUCUGAAUUUGUUGCUUACAACUACUCAAGUUCAAAAAUCGUUUUACAAUAAUUCAGAACGUAAAAUUUUAAAAAAACUGUGUCAUCAAGAGUAUAAUAGUUUAUCCUUAGCUGAUGAAACAACCUAUGAUAAUAUUGUAACUAUGGAUCUUACAAAUAUUUUAGAUAACUUUAUCAUUGAGUCAUUCAAUAUUAAUAAGGAUAAUAAAAAUAUAGUAAAUAUAUGGGAAGAAAUAGGUAUUGACACUCCUACGAGAAUACAAGAUUUAGAAAAUGUUGAUGAUAAGAUUAAAAGUGUUAAGAAAUGCUGUUGAGAUCCUAAACUUAACUAGUUAGUUAACUAUGUUAUUUUUAAUCAAAUUGUUACAAAUAUGAUUCAAUUAAAUAACUAAUCAGUUGUUAAGUUUAUCAUCUAAAAUUAUAAUACUUUAUAUUUUGUGUUAACUGUAUAAGUUAUUGACCAACAUUGAGAACAGCUUUAAUAUAGUAUUUUUUGUA